UCGAGAGUAGACCCCCAGAUACGAAUCAGAACCAGUGCGCAACCGCCUUAAGACAUUUCUUAUUUGAAUUGCAAAAUGACAUCAUUGUUAUUGGAGCUUGGUUGAAUUGUAAAGCUAUCUGCCCUUAUGCAAAUAGUGGUUUUACUUAAAAUAUGAAGUGUUCGGAACUUUAUUUGAUUUUAAAUUUAUGCUGUGUGUGGUCCACUUUUUGUGGUUAACCACAUAGGUAUUUUAAAUAACUAUACGUACAUAGUAUAGUAUAAAAUACCAUAACAACUGAACACCAACCACACUGUUCUCUGCAGAGUAAAAAAAGUAAAAAUUUGGAAAAUGAGGACUUUAUUGAUCCUUUUGCUAAGUGUACCAUUGGUGCUGUGUGGUCACUUGCCCAAAAAAUACCUGUUGGACAGUUACUUGAACAACCCUGUGGUAAAAAACUUUAUGGAGUACGUGAGAAUCGAUACUUCUAAAGAAGAGAAUCUAGAACUAGCUGUGGAUUUCUGGAAACGCAAAGCUCAAGAAUUAGAAUUGGACUUCAACGUAUACUACCCUGGCGGUCUGCCGAUUUGCGUUCUUUCGUGGUACGGGACCGAGCCCUCUCUACCCAGCAUUAUGCUCAACUCGCACAUGGAUGUGGUUUUAGUUGAAGAGGAAGACUGGACCUACCCACCAUUUUCGGCGCACAUGGAUGAGAACGGCGAUAUUUUUGGUCGAGGCACGCAAGACGAUAAGGACGUAGGCAUCAUGUAUAUAGAAGCAAUUAGAGAAAUGAAAAAGAACGGAAUAAAGUUGAAAAGGACUUUUCACAUGACACUGAUGCCAGACGAAGAAAGGGGUAGUCGUCGCGGUAUGGUAAAGUUUAUAGAGACAAAGGAAUUCAAAGAUAUGAACAUUGGAUUUGCUCUCGAUGAGGGGCCGGUGUCUCCUGGCGACAAUAUUGAAAUUAUGUAUCAGGAUAAAAGGCCUUGGCAGAUGAAGUUCACAACUCGAGGUCCUAGUGGCCAUGGUUCUUCUAUUUUAGCUUCAACCGCUAUGGAGAAGUUGUUUAAACUAAUAGGCGUAAUCGGCACAUACAGAGACGAACAAAAAGCGAUUAUGCGUGCCAGUGACCCUCUGGAUUUCGGAGCCUAUACCAGCGUCAACGUCAACUAUGUUAGGGGUGGUGCCGUGCCGAACGUUAUACCGGGAAGGGUCGAGCUGAUAGUUGAUACGAGGCUCGCAGUUUCCACGGAUGUUACAGAAAUGUCCAACAGGGUGUCAUCAUGGCUUCAGGAAGCAGGUAACGACACCAGCGUAGAGUUUGUCAGGAAGAUACUCGUCUCAAAAGCCACUAAAAUUGAUGAUAGCAACCCUUAUUGGGUCAUUAUGAGAGACGCGGUGCAAGAGCUUGGCAUACAAAUCGACCCAAUAGUCUGUCCUGCAACCACAGACAUGAUAAACAUUCGCCAACUUGGAAUCCCAGCAUUGGGCUUUGCUUUCAAACCGCGCACAGAGAUCCGCUACCAUGCCGCCAACGAGUACUUGAAUGUUGACAAUUUGUUGCAUGGUGUUACUGUUUAUGUUGCAGUUUUAAGUCGCCUUGGUAACAUGAGUGAUGUUGCUUAUGUACAAUAAAAUGUAACGAUAAAAAAUUACUCUUAUUCAUUAGGGACAUCUGACCUUUGUAGUAUAAGAGACGGCCAGGCCAUAAAUAAAUACCAUACCAGGCCGUAAAUAUUGCGCAUCGAGCUUUAGAAAAAGAGAUCAUAAUCGACUAGUGAGGACGCUCUACCCUAGGCCGUAGCAUGGCAGUAUAUGUGUGGUAAACAUCCCCGCGACAAUAUUUAUUUCAUUUAAUAAAGCUAAAGUUGCUUAUUUGGUAAUGAACUAUUGUUAUACAUUUUAGAGAAUAAGGACAACGAUAUGAAAUUGCGUGUUUUUUUUUGUCGUGUAAUAAUCACCGCAAAAACGAUGAAACAAAAAUGUCGAGUUUCGAAGUUCCUGUUUUUGCAUAUUUUACAUUACUAUUAUUAGUUACGUGGCGCGCAUAAGUUUCCGGAAUGAAUAAGGAAAAAAUACUAUAAAUGGACAGAAAUGAAUUUAUUGUUUCUCAAAAUAUUCUCCGUUAGCGUUAAUGCACUUUUUCAUACGAAUUAACCAAUAUUGGAACCAUUUAUGCCAUUCCUCCGUGACAAUCUUUGAAACAUAUUUUUCAUACUCUUAGACAGCC